AUGGCAGUAUACCGUCGUGUGCGUACGCACUUACGUGGCCUACGAGACCUGCGCAAGUUCGGCUAUAGGCACAAGAACCCCAAAGACGUACUUUCCAUGACACCCGCAGAACUUCGGAAGCUAGAGCAACAUCACUUUCCAAGUCCAGCAAAUAUCUGUCGUCUCACCGGCAUGAGCGAUGAAGAGACUGAACAACAAGCCGAUGCCGCGCGGCGGUGGCUACUGGGUAUGCUCGACUGCCACGACAGAACAAUGACCCGGGAACACGAGAUAAGGAUGUUUAGAUUCGCUGUGGAGAAGCAGAUAGAAGAACAAGAGAAGGACUGGACAGAUCUGGAACGACUAUACAUGGCACUCGCAAACAGCAAUCUCGCAUCGCCGCAAGAGCGAUUGCAGGCAGCUUUCGUGACAGUCCUUCACUUUGACUACCCGCAACGCCGGCGAGAUGUUAGUGAGGUCGCCCAAAAACUGGACGAGCGGCUGAAACGUGCAUCCGACAUGGACGCCGGGAUAGAUGAGACACGCGAGGUUAUACUCGCCAGGACUGAAUUUACCAACGUCGACCAUUUCGCGUGCGCCAUUCCACUUUCACUACUCACCGUCACAGCAGACAACACUUCUGUGGUCGAUGACAAUGCCGGCUGCUGCCCGAUCUGCCAACUCUCAUACACCUCAUUCCAAGACUCCUCUGUCCUACAACUGUUGGGUGACUAUCCAGUGCGAAUCAAGCAGUGCGGUCAUAUCAUUGGGAAGUCGUGUCUAGAGCAGUGGAUGAGGACGCCAAAGAUCGAUGAGGCAAAAUACCCACAUCGCACAUGUCCGUGCUGCCGCGUCAAGAUCGAAGGUGUGAAGUCGCCCUCAAAACCUCGCGGGCUACUCGAUCAUUUGAAGACCGAUCGACGAGCCAUGGAGACAGUAAGAGAGUUGCUGUACGGGUACGACAUGGACCUCGAAGAGUGUCUGAGUGCAAUCAGCGCGUGUAUGAGCGAAGAGAUCGCCUGCGAGGAGAUGGUGGCUGAGCUUGUACGGAAUGGUGGAGAGCAAGACGACCAGAUACUGAAGGACAAACUUGCGAAUCUGGAGAAGGAGAAACGGGCUUGGGGGUUUAGAGGAAAUGGAAUCUGGAAGAGGCUGCGAGAGGAAUGGAUGAACAGCGGUGUUACCCGGAAGGCUUGA